AUGCCCGUGUUCGUUAACCUGCACGGCAAUCCAGGUGACUACGCGUGGGGACCGCAAGGUAUCGACGCCAUUAUCACUCAGCUGUUGAACCAGAUUGACGGCGUCGGACCGGCCCCCGCUCCCGCAGACGCGAUCGUCAACCUGCCAUCGGUGAGCAUCACGCAGGAGCAGGUGGACGCCGCCGCGCAGUGCUCCGUCUGCUUCGAGGAUUUCCGCCUCGACGAGGCCGUGAAGAAGCUGCCGUGCGAGCACUGCUUCCACGAGGAAUGCAUCGUGCCGUGGCUGAAGCUGCACGGCACGUGCCCGAUAUGCCGCAAGGUCGUCGCGACGGGAGAGGACGGCGCCGACGCGGCCACGGCAGCUAGCGAUAGUGACUCUUUCUUCGAGGUGCUCAUAGGCGCCGCGGGCGGCAGCAAUAACAACGCCAACACGUCGACGAGUAGUGGAGGUGCCGCGCAGCGUCGCGGCAACAGCUCGAACACGGAUGCAAGCAACAACGAGCCGCGGUUAGAUUUUAUAGACGAGUACGACUAG